CAGAAAGUGAGUUGGUUACUUUUUUUUUUUUGCAGAAACGCAUUUUCUGGAGGACAUUAUCUGUGACAAACAUGUAACGUCAGAUGUAAACAAGCUGCCAUUUUUAAAGUAUUCUAGUAGGCUCAUUAGCAAAAAUGGAAAGAUCGUCAUCCGCAAUGAAUACCUCCGACACAAAUAUAAAGUUGUCGACAAUGAUAUACAAAAGACGGCCUCCAACCCCGACAAGACUAAACAAACGCUUCGAACUCGGCGAAUUGGAUAGCGAAACUACUUCAAAGUCAUCUAAACUGAAUCCAGAUGUUGAGCGGGAAGAAAUAGCGUUAAAAGAUGAACUGUUAAGAAUAUUUCAGCGAGAGAAAGAUUCCAUGGAACAGCACUACUUGAAUAAGAUUCAAGAACUGCUAAGAAGCUUUAAAGCAAAAAAGAUUGAAUGGGAGGAAAUGGUAAAAGCUGAACGAGAAGAUUUAGAGGGACAAUUCGAAACAGAAAGAUCUGAAAUGCAUCAAAGUUUUGCACAAGAAAUUGCAAAAAUGACAAGAUCUUUUCAAGAAGAAAAAGCGGAGCUUGAAAGAAAAUUUGAAGAUAGGCUGAAAAAUCGCGAAGCUGAGUUUGAACGUGAAAGAAGAGACAUCAGCGAAAGUUGGAAAAGUAGGAUCGACAGUGUGAAGAGACAAUGUCAAGCAGAACACGAAGCUUCGUUAACAGUGGAAAUGAAGAAUGAAAGUGAAAAGCAUAGAUGUAGUAUGGAUAACUUGGAGAAAAAAUUUGAGACCAUCAGAUAUGACUUAGAAAAAAGAUUUGAGAGAGAUCUUGCUGAAGGAGAGACAAAAUAUCAGAAAUUGGCGUUUGAAAUGGAAAAGAAAUUUGAUGAUGAAAAGACAAAAAUUGAUAGAGAUUGGCAGCGUCGCAUUGAACACAUAGAGGAAGCUCUACGCAAGGAAGCUAACCAUCGAUCGGAAAUAGAACGGGCUGCAGCUCAUGAGAAAUCCAAUUUGCAAGCUGUCAACAACAUGUUGAAAGAAGAAAUUGGCCGUUUAAAGGAAGAAAUUGACCGUUUGAGAAAAUUACCUACACCACCUCCAGAGGUGAAAAUAAUCGAGAAAAAGGUACCAGUUGAAGCGCCUCCAGUUAGUUACAAUUCUCGAGCAGACCUUCCAUCAAACUUGAGAGAAGAUUUCGAUCGUAUUUUGAACGAAUACAAAGACAACUUGAAAGAUAAAUUUCAACGUGAUAAAUCUGCAAUGGAGGAAAAGUUGCAGAUGGAAAAAGAAAGGUUAAAAGACAGAAUAGUAAAAGAAAAAGAAGAACUGGAUAAAAGAUUAGCAGAAGAAAAAUACCGAAUGGAGCGAGACUUGGAUCGUAGCCGGGAUGAUAUUGAGAAAGAGAUAGAGCGUCGUCUUAGAACAAAACAACUCUCUGAAUCGCUGGCAGUGCAGCAACAAAGAUUUGAUGAAGUAACACGAAGACUAGAAGAAGAAGAAAAAAGUAGAAGAGAUAAAAUGCAAGAACAUGAUAAUCGCAAACAUGAAUCCAUCAUCAAUGAACUUUCGCGUGAAAAUGAAGGACUGAAAGCAAAGGUGGCAGCACUAGAAGAUAAUAACAAAGUUUUGAAAAACUUAAAGGAAGAAGGUCAACGUGAAGUGGACAGAUUAAGAGGAGCUGUUGAAGAGUUAAAGAUCAUUGUGGAAUCCAAACGCGAAAAUGAACGUGCGCGUGCUCAAACACCAUCUUCAGAAUUGAUGUUAAUGUCAUUAAUGCAACAGCAACAACAACAACAGCCGAAACAAACAGAUGAUAGGGAACAAAUAUCACAAAAGAUGGAGGAAAGACUAAAAUUGGAGGAACUGAAGUCGGAAUUACAAGAAAGAUCUCGAGAAAAAUACGAGAAUUUGUUAUCAGAAAAACGAAAGUUAGAAGACGCUUUAAAAGCACUUGAGAAUCGUGUAGUGGGGAUGCAAGAUGAUUUCAUGAGAAUGCGAUACAAUAGCCCACAACCGCAGCAACCACCACCACAACCACCACCACAGUUUAUAACACAGCCGCAACCAGUUAUUGUGCAGCCAGCAAUAUAUCCACAUGCACCUGCUCCACCCCAACCUGCUUCUGAAGGGGUUCAAAUUAUUAACAUGCCAUCUCCUGUUUCACAACCACCUACAACUCCAAUUCAACCUCAGCCACAACCACAGCAACCACUACAACCUCAGUAUCCAUAUUAUAUGCCCCCUCCUCCUAACAACAUGUUCAUGCCUCCUGACCAAUCCGAAAAAAUCUCAAAGCUGAAAAAUGCGAAAGAACGUUUGACUAAUCAAGUUACAGAUUUAGAAAACGAAUUAAGAGAAGCAAAUCAUGAAAAUAAUUUGCUUCAAAAACAAUGCAGAGAAUUCGAAAGGCAAUUGGAAAAGCUUGGUGAUGCUGUAGAAAGGGAAAGAGAAAUAUCAUCAGCAUUGCGAGAUCAGCUUAGCACAGAAAAGAUAAAGACAUCUAAGCUGGCUGAGGAUCUACAAAAGGAAAACCACAGGGUUUUGAAGGAAAUAGCUGACGGUGAAGAAAUGAAGCUGAAAAUGCAACGAGAGAUUCAAGAUUUGCAACUUAAGCUACACCAUGCUGGUCAAACAUUAGCUGCUGUCAGGCAGCAAGCGUCAAAUGACUUUAACGGAUCAACCAUGCUGACGACAGGCUUUCAGCCACCCAAUACAGAACACACCGUAAAUAUGGUUACAAUGCCAGCGAUGAAACCCAUGGCAUCGCUAUUUGCCUCACAUGCAGCUGGGCGAAAAGGCAGCUUAUUAAAAUCAAAUUUAAGUAUGUCUAAGGAGUCAGCAUUUGACCAAUAUCAUCACCAGCAACAACAGCAACAAAUGUAUCAACAACAACAACAACAACAACAACAGCAGCAACAACAGCGUCAACAGCGUCAACAACAGUUACAAUUUGAAAAACAGGAAGCAGCUAUGAAAGAAGAACUAGAAAGGGUGAGAAAUUUGGAAGAAGAAAAAAUGAAGCUGCAAGAUCAACUGGAUGAUGCUAGAGGAGCCCUCGAUGCGUAUGCCAAUAAAUUAGACCAUCAGCUUGGAAGUUUACAAUCUAAAGUCAAUGCUUCUACAUCAAGGACUAAAGAACUCACUCAUCAAAAUAUGCACCUUAACAAAGCUGUCCAUGCAAUGGGAAUGGAACAAACUAACACAGAGCGACAAAAUUAUCACUUGAGGCAUCAGAAAAUGCAUCUUCAGAAAUUAAUCGAGAGGCUGACAGCUAUGAAUCCACAGCAAUCAUCACAUUCUUUCUAAAAAUGACAAAGCACGGUUGCCACGUCUUAUACACAUCUUUGUAUUGGUAAUAUGUUAGAUUGAAUGUCAAGUCAUUACUUA